GGGCAACCCCCCGCUCCUGAGGCGUUUUGGUUUGGUCCAGGUUUUCCGGAAGUGGAGGAUCUUUUUUUCCUUGGGGGCGGGGGUCGCUUCCGUUUCCGGGACCAAGCGCUGAGGCUGUGGCUGCUGCUGCUGUUGCCUUUGCUGCAAUGACCGCCACCCUCCGUCCCUAUCUCAAUGCUGUGCGUGCUACCCUGCAGGCGGCCAUGUGCCUGGAGAACUUCUCAUCCCAGGUGGUGGAGCGGCACAACAAGCCUGAGGUGGAAGUCAGAAGCAGCAAGGAGCUACUGUUACAGCCAGUGAUCAUCAGCAGAAAUGAGAAAGAGAAAGUCCUAAUUGAGGGGUCCAUCAACUCUGUGCGAGUUAGCAUUGCAGUGAAGCAGGCUGAUGAGAUUGAGAAGAUCCUAUGUCACAAGUUUAUGCGCUUCAUGAUGAUGAGAGCAGAGAACUUCUUCAUUUUACGUCGAAAACCAGUGGAGGGCUAUGAUAUCAGUUUCCUGAUCACAAAUUUCCAUACAGAGCAGAUGUACAAGCACAAACUUGUGGACUUUGUCAUUCAUUUCAUGGAAGAAAUUGACAAGGAAAUCAGUGAAAUGAAGUUGUCUGUCAAUGCUAGGGCUCGCAUUGUGGCUGAAGAGUUCCUCAAGAAUUUCUAGACCAAGGGCUGGAGUCCACAGCUUUGCUUUCUCAUCCUCUGCACAGCCACCUUGCUGGGGCUACGGAGAAGGCCCCAGUUCGGAAGUGAGAUGAGAAGCAGCCAGACCUGCGGGGGCUGUCCCAGCUAAAUGUACACCAUGCUCGCCAGUGUGCCCAGGGGAGGGGAGGGUGCUUUUAAAAUAUUUUUGGAACAAAUCUGUGCUUGUUUAAGACUGUGUCGACCUGAUGUCCUUUUUUUUAAUCACUUGCUGUAAUUUGUCUACUUGAGUCUCCUAGUGGCCAAGUCCUUGUGGGGAAGUAGAGGGAGGGAUUCUUUGUUCUGCCAGUCCUCAGCAAGAGUAGUCAUGAAAAUUUCAGCUUAGUGCUGUACAAGCUGAAAUCAUCUCUGAUAGCUGACAAAAAGCUGCCUUUCUUGAUAAUGUGGGUACAAUAGCAUAUGAGGCUUGAUUUGGACUUUAAGUGAAUUGGCAGCCAGCCUUGGAGCCUUCCACACUAGAAGAUCCACAGAGUGAUUGCCUUGUUCCCCUUCUCUAAUGGCAGACUUUGUAAAUGAGCUGGCUGCUGGAGACAGCAACCCCUUUCCCCCUGUGCCAAGUCACUCAUUUCUGGACAGAAUGCUCUCUCCAGCCUACCUUCCCCCACUCCCACAGGGACCAGAGCAUUCUGAGCACAGCACUGCCUCCUGUUCCCACCCUUUCUAUCCCUUCGUACUUGUGCCAGAGGGAGCUGUGAUGGUAGGGGCCAGGCCUUAGAUCAUCAGAAUGGGACGGAGCUGGAAUCUGUAACACUUGGUUCUUUUUGCAAUGGCACUUGCUGUAACUUUCUUACUCUUCCCUAUUAUUAAAGCUUUUUUCCCCUUGCCUCCUGACAAAA